GCAGAGGCAGUGACGUCACCAGCCUGACUCCCUUCCUGCUGCAUCACAGCAGCAUUUAGCAGCUCGAAUAGCACUUGUCAUUAGAGGCACGGGAUAUCCGCCACUAAUUCAUUGAUUUAAAAUCAGAAAGAGAGGGAGAGACCCGGCUGGCUUCAAGGUAUCAAACAACAAUUUAACCCGGGGUAGCCGAACGGGAUUGGUUACAGUUCGAUAACCCCUACAGCUAUUGGGAUAUGGCCAGGCCGGAACAGGUUCUGCUUUUGGAGCCUCUGCACGAACUCAAAUUCAGAGGUCCGUUUUCAGAUGUGGUCACUGCAAAUCUUAAGCUCUCAAACCCAACAGACAGGAAUGUGUGUUUUAAGGUGAAGACGACGGCGCCGCGCAGGUACUGUGUGCGGCCAAACAGUGGAAUCAUAGAUGCAGGCACCUCCAUUAAUGUUUCUGUUAUGCUGCAGCCUUUUGACUAUGAUCCCAAUGAGAAGAGCAAACACAAGUUCAUGGUCCAGUCCAUGGUUGCACCACCAGACAUGACCGACAUGGAGGGAGUGUGGAAAGAAGCAAAACCAGAUGAGCUGAUGGACUCUAAGCUGAGGUGUGUCUUUGAGAUGCCAGUGGAGAAUGAAAAAACGCACGACAUGGAGUUCAGCAAGAUCAUGUCGACCAGUUUGCUGAAGUCUGAAUCCUCUGCGUUGCCCACAAAGGCAGCAAGCUCCACCCUGGACAACGGGGAGGUAAAAAGGAUCAUGGAGGAGUGUAAGAGGCUGCAGAUGGAAGCUCAGAGGCUACGAGAAGAAAACAAACAGAUUAGAGAGGAUGAUGGUCUCCGGAUGAGGAAGAGUCACAUCAUGUCAUCACAGCAUGCUUCUGUUGCCAUGAAGAAAGAUGAAGGGUUCAGCACUCGCACAAUGGCCCUCAUCAUCCUCUUCUUUGUGGUGGGCGUCAUCGUGGGCAAACUGGUCUUGUAAAGCGCAGCAGUUCUGUCGGCCACAGCAUGCUUUCGGGGAUGAAACCAAACAUAGGAUCUGGGAUUCUUGGAUCAGGAAUGUCAUAUCUGUCGGGUCGGGGGUGGGUGGUACUAGUUUUGAUUUAGUCUCAUUUAUGUAAAAGAAAAAUCCUGUAUGAGAUGAAAUUUAAUGUAUGAAAGCAAAAAGAAAAAAAAUGACUCAUGAACAAAUGAAAACUGUUACAGGUCUUGUCUCUCCAUAAUCAUUACAUAAUCGGUCUGGCCUUCUUCCCAAAGUUUCAUGUAUUCAGAUGAUGCGUUCGAGGGUGGGGGAAAAUGAAGACUUGAUUAGAGCUUAUUUUCUAACACUAAACUGGUGUUGGUAUGACUGAGUUUGUCUGGGGUUGAGCGAAUGUCAUUCCGGUGUGUUAUUUUCUAAAGUUACACAGACAAAAUCCAGUAUAAAUGGAGUUGUGAUGGCCCCGCUCCACAGUAAAACCCUGGUGUUUGCUCCAGCAGAAUCCUCUUUAACGAACGGAUUUACAACAUGAAUGAUGCACACAGGUGGGGUGACACAGGGCUCUCACAGCUUCCUCCAAUCAGAGGCUCUCUUUGAUUGUACAACCACCUGGGUCUGCGUAUGAAACACUAACAUAAGCUUCUUUUCCGUGUGUUAGUUUGAUUUCCACCAUCCCCGUCACUCACUGCUCACCAUGUUUCCGUUUGGCUGAGGGGGGGUGUUUGCAUGCGUUCACAGAGUGUUGCAUUUGGACUUUUGAAUCUAAUUUAAUUGCUUUUAUAAUGGUGGAAAUUAUAUUUUGAUUGUAGGUUUGCACAAUUACAAUUUCAGAAUAUUUCUUUGUGUUUUCCGUUGCAGUUCUUCGGUUUUAUUUGAAUAAUUUUUUUCUGUGUAUGGAUGAAAAACAUCUAAGAAUAAUUGCAGCUACCUGGAUUGAAGUUCAGAUCCUUCCUGUAGAUUCAGAUGAACGCCUUGCCUUGUGACCUAUCGAGGCAAGUUAUUCUCAGGCCAAGACGGAGGUGCAUUUACAAUACAUCAGCUUGUACAGUGGACAGAAGGUGUAGAGAAAAUGGUUUCCUAUCAACAUUACAGUCCUCAUAUGUGUUAUAAACAAUGAUUUUAUGUUAUUUCCAACAUUUUUUUAACAUAUUUUUCCUGAUACAUUUGUUCUGUUUAGGAGCAAAUGUAUCUAAGAGAUGAGUGUUUUAGUAUCUGCCUUAACCUGCUUUCCUUAGCUCUUCUUUAGCCUCCACUUAGCUUUGGUAUUUUUUUUAUUGCUCAUUCAUCUAAAAUCUACAGCUGAAGUUGUAAUGGUUGUUUAUGCUGCCGGCUUUAUUGUGUCUCUGGGCAUUCUGCAGCAGGAAAUGAACACAGCACGGGGGUCCACAUCAUCAGGCUUUGCUUUUUUUUUGUAGAAAAAAAACAGAAAUCAUGUUUUGGGAAUUGUUUAACUUUUUAAAUUCUAUGGUAAUAAAUCACUGCUUUACAAUAUUCCAAAGAGAAUAAACAAAUUGUUUCUGUUCCUUGUGUUUAAGCCUAAGGGUUGAGAGGAAACUGAUACAAUGCUUCAUGUUUUCCGGUGGAAGCUAAAGAAGAAUCAAACUAGUGAGAACCUGAAAAUAAAAAUGUGUUUCUACUGUAUCUCUGAUGUGUUUUGGUUUGAGGAUGACCUGCUGCUUUUGAGCAAGGGCAAAGCUGUCCUGAGCUACAGAUCCAUCCUGGGUUGUCACAUUGUACUUGCAUAAAGUUGUUCUUGUUUAUUGUAUCCUGGUUGGAGUGUCACAUUCUACACAAGAACUGCUUCCAAACACCAAAUUACUUUGAACUCAUGUGAAUGAAUGUGUUACUUUGACACCGUCUCUGAUGACGUAAACGCCACCAGGCUGGAUCUCCUCCCAAGAAAUUCUCGAUGAUUAUCGAUGUGUAAACACUAACCGGUCCGGGCCUGAUUGUAAAGCGCACUCCACCAACCUGACCUGGAAUCUGACCAUCACCAUGAUCGAUGUAAACAGUCAAGAAACUGUUUUGUAUGUAUAUAAAUAAAGAAAUAAAAACGUCUAUCUGAGAAGAUGAUUAACCCUAAUCAAGUAGUAUGAUGUAAAAAAAAAAAAAAAAA